UGUGUGUUCAAAGGUCGAGACUCUCUGCUAUUUCACUCGAUCCCAUUCGUUGUUGGUACUCAUCGCUCGAAUUAGGGUUUUCAAGGGUAAAUAAUCGUAGAGAAAGAGGGUAUGAACAAAAUACAAUCGAUGGCUAGUGUCCAGCAAAACAGACAAAUUAGAUACGGUAUUACAGAACCUAUCUCUCUAGGAGGACCAACGGAGCUUGACGUAAUCAAGACAAAAGCCCUAGAGAACUACUUGCAAGACGCUGGAUUAUACGAAAGCAACGAGGAAGCUCUUAGAAGAGAGGAGGUUCUUGGGAGACUAGACGAGAUCGUAAAAACAUGGAUUAAAAAAAUAAGCCGUGACAAAGGGUUAAGCGAUGAGACGGUUGAACAAGCGAACGCCAAGAUAUUCACCUUCGGUUCUUAUCGGCUAAAGGUACAUGGACCUGGUGCUGAUAUCGACACUCUAUGCGUUGGUCCAAGAUACGCAACAAGAGGGAAUGGUUUCUUUGGAGAGCUACACAGAAUGCUUUCGGAGUUGCCUGAAGUGACAGAGCUCCACUCUGUCCCUGAUGCUUAUGUUCCCUUGAUGGGUUUCAAACUUAAUGGAGUCUCUAUUGAUCUCCUCUACGCAAAGCUUCCUCUAUGGAUUAUCCCUGAAGACUUGGAUCUAUCAGAUGAUUCAAUUCUACAGAAUGCUGAUGAGCAAACUGUUAGAAGCCUCAACGGUUGUAGAGUUACAGACAAGAUCUUCCGCUUGGUUCCUAACAUUCAGAGUUUCAGGACGACGUUAAGAUGCAUUAGGUUUUGGGCCAAGAAGCGUGGUGUGUACUCUAACGUCUCUGGCUUUCUUGGUGGUAUAAACUGGGCGUUGCUUGUAGCUAGAAUCUGUCAGCUUUAUCCUAACGCAUCACCAAACAUGUUGGUGUCUCGGUUCUUUAGAGUCUACACGCAAUGGCGUUGGCCCAAUCCCAUCCUUCUUUGCUCUAUCGAUGAAGAAGGUUCCUCCUCCUUAGGUCUUCAAGUUUGGGAUCCUAGAAGAAACCCUAAAGACUUGUUGCACAAGAUGCCUAUCAUUACUCCUGCUUAUCCUUGUAUGAACUCUAGUUACAAUGUCUCCGCGAGUACACUGAGGAUUAUGACAGGAGAGUUUCAGAGAGGUAAAGAUAUAUGCGCGGCUAUGGAAGGAAACGAAGCUGAUCAAUGGGAUACACUUUUUGAGCCGUUUGGGUUCUUUGAAGCGUAUAAGAACUAUCUUCAGAUCAACAUCUCUGCUUCUAACGUGGAGGAUCUGAAAAAGUGGAGAGGAUGGGUUGAGUCACGUUUCAGACAGCUGACGUUGGUGAUUGAGAGACAUACUUGUGACAUGCUUCAGUGCCACCCUCAUCCACAUGGUUUCCAAGAUGAUUCAAAACCGCUACAGUGUUCUUUAUUCAUGGGUCUGCAACGUAAACAAGGAGUUACAGCAGUAGGAGGAGAACCGUUUGAUAUCAGAAGAACUAUUGAGGAGUUUAAACAAACUGUUUACGGUUACACGUUGUGGUCUCCUAGGAUGGAGAUUAAUGUUAGCCAUGUAAUGCGAAGAAGCAUACCUAGCUUUGUGUUUCCUGGUGGAGUUAGACCUUUGCGUAACUCGAAAGGAACUUGGGACAGCAAACGCAGUUCAGAGCAGAGAGUUUCUUCUACAGGGAGUUCAUCAUCUACUAUUACUAGUUGUGAAAGUAAAGGUGGGAAGAAGAGAAAGUUGGGAGAUGAUGAGACAUUCACCGAUCAGUUAAGGAACUCAAAACGUGUUGCAGUUUCAGUGCAUGUAGAGAACGGCGAAGAUGGGAGUCCAAAUUCAUCUGUUGAAUCCAUUUGUUCAGCUCCUAUGAAAGAACUUUGUACUAAGGUUGAAUAUGAUCCCAUCAGUAAGGGUGUAGGAGAGAGUCAUCCAGUAGAGAAGAUAGCCACUCCUCAGGCUUCUCUUAGUCAAGAAAGUGAGGAAGUUGAAGACAACUUUGGCUUCAGAAAUCAAGUGGUUAAGCAAAUUCCAAGUAAAGAUGCAUUCUCCAAAGGAGCAGUGGAAGUGGAAGAACUCGAAGAUGUUCCAACGCAACAGUCAGUGGUGACGCAUAAAGCUUCAGUGCAACUGCAGAAGCCGAUAAUCAAGUUGAAUUUCACAUCUCUAAGCACAAUCAAUGCCAAGAACCUCAGAGCUUAUUGA